AUGACAAGCACACUCUUAUUCGUUGUGCCAUUGGUACUUCAAGUCGCAGCAAAGUCUACUCGUUCUCCCACCCCACCGAUGGGAUGGAAUUCUUACAAUACUUGGAACUGCCAGCCCACUGAAGACAAGAUCAAAACAAGUGCCAAUGGCCUCAUCGAGCUCGGAUUUAAGGAUGUUGGCUAUGACUUCGUAACCAUCGAUUGUGGUUGGAACUUACGAGAACGGGAUGCCGCUGGGCAACUUCAAUGGAACACGACUCGUUUUCCGUCUGGUGGCAAGGCGCUUGGCGACUACCUUCACGGUCUGGGCCUAGGUUUUGGUCUCUAUUCAGGGGCUGGGUACCUACAAUGCGGCGAUGAUGAUUUACCUGCGAGUUUGGGUUACGAAAAGAUAGAUGCAGAGAGUAUUGCUGGGUGGGGUGGGGACAGUCUAAAGUACGACAACUGCUAUUCCACCUCCAACACUACUUUAGUAGACUCUAGUUCUCCAGAGUCUCAGUCACCGGCCCGCUUUCAACGUAUGGCAGAAGAGCUUGAUGCGGUAGACCGGGAUAUUCGAUACUACGUGUGCCAGUGGGGAAUUGGCACUGAUGUUGGAGAGUGGGCAGCCAAGAUAGGUAACACCUGGAGGAUCAGCAACGACAUCUACGGUAAAUGGCGCAGCAUUUGGCGCAUCACGAACCAAGUGGUACCAUACUUCCGCCACACUACCACAGGUGCCUUUGCGGAUAUGGACAUGUUAAUCGUUGGCCUCAACUCACUCUCAGAAGAGGAAGAGCGGUUCCACUUUGGCAUGUGGGCUAUCAACAAGUCACCUCUUAUCAUGGGCGCAGCUCUGGACCCAUCGCGUUUGAAGAAUUCUUCAGUGGAAAUUAUGCUCAACAAAGAAAUCAUCGCCAUCAACCAAGAUUCACUUGCAAAGCAAGCGCAAUUGAUUCGCCGCGACACGGAAGGCGAAUGGGACAUUUGGAUGGGCGAGCUCUCCGGUUCAAGACAGGUUCUGGGUGUCGCAAACUGGAGGAACGACUCCCAGACAGUGAACGUUGACCUCAAGUCACUCGGUAUCGCUUCAGCUUCUGCGCGCGACGUCUGGGCUGCGAAAGAUGCCGGUACUGUUUCUGGCUCACAAACAUUGAAUCUGGCAGGCCACGAACUGAGGAUCUGGGUACUGUCCGAUAUUGUCGCUGCUACUGCACCCAAUGCUGGGGCUUACUACUCUGCCGCCAAUGCUACACUGUCUGGAUCGGCGCAAGUAGUAAAAUGCGCAGCUGGAUCGUGCCUGCCCACUGCUUACAAAGUCGGAAAUAUCCUCAACGCUGGUUCAGCCGUAAUUUUCGCCAAUGUCAGCGCUGAAACUGCUGGCAAGAAGCUCUUGAGCGUUGACUUCAUCAACUACGACUACGCGUUCACUACCUCUUGGGGCCUCGGUGACAAUAUACGGAACAUGACAGUAGCAGUCAACGGCAACCAGGCGAAGAGGUGGGCGUUCCCUCUUUCUGGUGGAGACUGGCAGGAGAGUCUGGGUCUCCACAUUGAGGUCGAUGGUUUCGUAAAAGGUUCAGGUAACACGGUUGAGUUGAGGGGUUUCAAAAACGGCACUGCACCCGACCUCGUUGGCUUCGCGGUCCUUGAGUAG